AUGAUGUUCAGCAUCUCUGCAGCCAGCAUGUGGUCUUCGGGAAGAAGUGGCCGGAGCAGGAUGUUCACAUUCAUCUGCAUCGCAAGUGCCGGUGUAAGUCUCACAACGGCUUCUGAAAGUUUUGUGGCCUCCAGCUUGCGUCAGUGGAACUUUUGGGAGUCGAUGCAUGCUGACAGGGAGACGGGCGAAAGGCAGCAGUUGGAAUGGCAAGAGCUCACCCGAGCAGAGGCAGAUGGCAGCAGUCCCACGGGCCUGACUGGCGGCGUGCUGAGGCUGGGGCCGUACAAGCAGCUGCCCACGCAUUACCAUCCUGAACCUUUCGGAGAAGUCUAUUUCUUCCUGCGGGGAAGUGGGUCUGUCAAAUUGCACGAGUUCACUCCCAACGAAAGAAGCCAUGCCAUCUUUGAGGGCUUGCAUGUGAACAUACCUGCUGGAACUUUGCACGGCAUUGAGGCCGGGAAUGAUGGCUGCGAGUUUGUCUGGAUGUUUUCGGGAAAGCAGUGGAAGGACAUUCCGUAUUUGUAUGUAGACCCACAACUGGCAGAUCGCAACACUCCAGAGAACUAUUCGAAACCGUUUCCUGUUGGAGUGACCGAAUGGGGAGCUAUUUGGAGAAACGUGAGUUGGGCCAGGCGCCAGCAAAAAGAAAUCCCAGAGUUAUGA